AUGUCUGCUGUCGGAGAAGACCACGAUGGGACUGGUGACACCAUGGAGUCGACAGUCGAAAAUGUGACAGGCAUCAAUGUUAAUGGCCCCGAACAAGUGGAUGCGGAGCUGUUGAGGCCUCGAGUCAAGGAACGCAUUGAAUCGAGCUUAGGUUCUCUGAAGGCAAUGGAAAACCGCCUUCGAAAUCUCUCUCGAAAAGUUGAAUCAAUCGAAUCAGGAGAUGAGAUGGCCUCGAUCGAAAUGACAAUGCAGCAGCAUCAAGAAGACUACAGUCGUCUCCAGGUGUCACUUGAAACCCUUCGCCCCAACAUUCAGGACGAGAAUGCCGACGGCAGAAGAUUACAAUCACCAGCAACGCGGGGCCGUUCAAGGAGAAGAUCAGGGCAUCCAGGCUCAGGUUCAAUCCGGAGCAGCUCUUCUCAGAGUAGCCGGGGCUCAGUUUCUACGACAGACUCCUAUUACCGGAGUGGAAUUUGUACCCCAAAGCUCAAUUAUGGUCCCUGGCUGGAGAUUGCAAGCGACUCCCGAGGACAUGAGUAUUUUGCAAUCGACAUUCCCUCUAAUGAGCCAACAAGGGUUGAACUCCAAGCCACCAAAGAUUUUCAGCGUCAACAGCAUGAUCUGCAUCGACAAGCUAUUUCUAUCGUACCUGAUCAGGCUCAGCUCCCUGAGAGGAUUCGAGUGAACUCUAAUCGUCUGAUGAGAUUCAUUCUAUCUGCAGCUGAAGAAGGCAUCUCGCGGCCUAUCAACUCAAAGCAAUCGCUACAUAUUCUGCGGCCUUUCAAAGUCCUGCUUACACUCGGGGGCAGGCUUCAAAACCUUAUCAAUAUUCUUGAGAGUGCACGCAAACUACAGCAAGACGCAUCUGAAGAAGAAUAUCUUGCACAGCUCAAUGAUGAUAGCCUCGAGACAGUCUUGGACGAACUUGUGGCAGCGGAUCCGAGUCAUGAUCCUCCUACAGACAUCCGGGAGUUGACAGCCUAUAUUCUAGAUCUCCGAUGUUUGCAAGAAUUUAUGCAAAAGACACUACAACCCCAGGUCGAACGCAUUACCAACAUGACUGAGCCUAUCAGGUUCUCUGAACUUUGGUACAUCUUCCCCGAAGGCUCUUUGAUUAUCUCAAGAGAUCACAGAGUUCUACAGAAGGUCUGGAAGGUCAUGGGACGCGGUGGCGGCCGCUGGUCGCGUUCGCGUCCCGGCUUUGAGAUUCCCCUGACCAACGACUUUAAUCAUUUCUUCAUCGAAUGCUUCUGCCUUGAUUUCAACGGAGACCGGUUUGUUCCAGUUUGGCAGUCUUUCACGAUUUCUGACUUCGAGGGUGUCCAGGAUAUCAUGAACUUGCUAGUUGUCCCAAUCAAAGUGGCCGAGAGAGAUCAUUCAUGGAACUUGCCUCUACUGGAGCCCGGCAUCGUCACUUCUCCGGAAGAAGUCUCCAUCUCACGCUCAGAGGCCAAAAAGCUCGCUGCAAUGGGAAGAGAAGCACCUAAAAGUGCGUUUGAACAUGCAGAAAGGAUCGACAGUGAAGUCAUCGUCGACAUGGCAAAAGCCCUCGAGGAAGUUCCGACAUGGCUUACUGUCCCAGAACAUCGAAUGAAGGCGCCAAAUACAGCUGGCGAGCUGGCGCCGGUUUUCAAUAAACGGGGAUCGGCUGCUCUCAGGGAUACUGAUACAGGCAGUCAGACAUUCAUCUUCUCGGAACGACGCAAAUGGAGACAGUGGGAAACUGUUAUAUAUACACCAUCUGGUGAUGAUCAAUUGCUCUUACCCAAUAGAGUAUUCGCUUUCAUCUUACGAAACAGAAAGUGGGCAUGUCUCCCAAUUGUCCAUGAUAUCCGUGGAAACGACCUCCUUCUACCGAUUUCAAACCCUCCGGAACCAUGGGACGAUCUUGAGCUACCUACCGGUCACAAAGAGCUCGUACAAUCUCUAAUCAGUUCACACUUUUCCCAAGACACUUCACGCAGAAUGCACUUGGACCUUGCCGGGGGGUUAUCAUAUUGCUACAUGGCGUGCCUGGUGUGGGAAAGACUUCGACAGCCGAAUGCGUUGCUCAGGCCUACAACCGGCCUCUGCUACCUAUUACAUGCGGUGAUCUGGGCCUCGAGCCAUAUGAAGUUGAGUCAAAACUACAAGAGAUAUUUCGUCUGGCUCACGCUUGGGAUUGCGUACUACUUCUCGAUGAAGCAGAUAUAUUCCUUGCCCAGAGAACUACCACCGACAUGCAACGGAAUGCUCUGGUAUCCGGUCGAAGUAUUUCUUCGCGUUCUAGAGUACUAUGAGGGUAUUCUGUUUUUGACCACCAAUCGGGUUGGGACAUUUGACGAAGCCUUUAAAUCUCGUAUCCACAUGUCGCUCUAUUAUCCGCCACUCUCAGAGCAUCAAACGGCAAGAAUUUGGAUUAGCCACAUCAGGAAGGUGAAGGCGAACGGUGUACAGAUUGAUGAACAAGAAGUCCGGAAAUUUGCGAAGCAAAUAUGGAUCAUCCAAGGACUUCCAGAGCGAGGGCCUGUUUGGAACGGGCGUCAGAUUCGCAACGCUUUCCAGAGUGCUAUUGCACUUGCAGGCUACCACACCCAGACGGGGCAGCAAAUUCAUCUGACAGUGGAGAACUUCCGUCGCGUCGGAGAGGUUUCGGAUCAGUUCAGUCGGUAUAUCUACAAGACGAAGCUUAGUCAGACGGAUGCAGACCUCAACCGCUCUUUUGGAAUUCGUCGUGACGAGUUUGGGCGUGACCCGGGCACACGGCCAGCGGCUCCCUGGGUAGACAGUCAAGUUGUUGAUCCGUUCUUACCAGCCAACUCUGCUCCCCAGCCGCAGAGACCGAAUGUGCAGUUUGGAGGAUCGACGCAAGCGGCAGGAAUUCAGGCCGUCGCGCAAGACCCUUUUCAUCAAUCGGCGUACUCGGCCUCUCCUUGGCAAACAACAACGCAGCCCCAUCAGCAACAGCAUCAGCAACAGUCGCAUCAAGGAUUCCUACAACAACAGCCUUCGUCUGCGCAGAUACAGGUCCCAAGCCAGCAGAUGUUCCCUCCGCAGCAAGGGGUUCAGCCUCAAAUACAUCAACAGUCACAGCCGACGUAUCCUCAAACUGGCCUUGUGGCGGGUUCCGUCCCCAACAACUAUGAACAGCAAACGCCUCGGCCAUUGCCUCAACUGGCGGAGUAUGGCACCACCCAUCAACCAGCCUCUCAUACACAGAUGCCCGGCAACCCCAAUUUUCAGGGCCCCACAGGUUCAUCGCCAUGGUAA